AGUAAGAUCUUUUCUUGCUGUCCAUUUUGGAGUCAGUGCCUCAGUGGGACAUUCCUUAAGAUUAGUCAUUGAGGUGUCACCUUGAUCAGUUGAUGUCCAAAUUACUAAAACUUAAAAGAAAAAGGGAAAAGAAGUCCCUCUCCAAUGGAGUAGUUGUUCCUUUGCUUUUUUUUUUUUUUUAAUUAAUUUUUCUUUCCAAAUUAAUCCCUCUGCACAUUAAUUUGAUUUAUGAUUAUAUGGAAAUAUCAGAUUUAUUGUCAACUCUGGAAGAUCCUAUUUUUAGGUUAAUGGUAUAAAGACUUUGUGCUAAUCCCCUCUUGGAUAGAAAUUCCAACAAAUCAAAAUUAGGAGAAAAAACAGGCAGAAAAAAUGGGUAAGCUGGAAAAACAACAAAAAUGGAGUGUUAAUCGUGUUAUAGUGACAGUGUAUGAGGAAUCAUCUACUUCUGGGCCGCGGCCUCGGAAGAUUAGAACUAUCACCCCUAAAUCAACCACACCAUCAUGCGGCUAUGACCGCCGUGCUGACCUCCUGGCCUACGCUCAUCACCUCCGAAAUGUGGGGUCCCAACAGAUUCAACAUGAUCAUAGCCCUACAGUUUUUUCAAAUCUACCCAAUAAGCCCAAGAGAAGAAGAAGAUGGUUUGCACGUCUAAAAGCACUCAAAUUCUCCUUUGGGAGAUUAUUUGGUAGAGAAAAGAAAAAGGCAUGGAAAUACGAAAACGUCGAAUCAAGAGACCGUGAAAACAGAUACCGAACAUCCCCUUCCCCUCGCCGGGGCAGGGGAAGGUGUAGUAAAUUCUCUAAGAAAUUGGGCUAUGUGUUGAAGCAAUUUUCAUGUGGUAGCAAGUGCAGCAAAGGGGGAUUUGAUCGAAAUGACGAUCAAUAUCAAGAUUUACGCAAUAAUUCAUAAACUAUCCGAUAUACGAAGUAGUACACAUUUUGAUGUUUAACAAAAAUGAUCUGAAUGAUGUUCAACUAUUUUGUUGUAUGAUGUUCAAUUAUUUUUGCUUAAAAUAAGCUUAUACAUAUCUGUAAAUAUCUACAUGAAACUUCAUUUGCU